AAAUAAUACAGGGAAUAUUCAGCGUCAGAAUAUUCACAAACCAGUCCCCCAUAUCGCAUCCUACCAGAGCAUUGAAGGAAGACUGCUCUAGAACAAUAUUCACCUUUGUUAGCAUCCAUCAUGAUUAUAACAUUAUUAUUCGGGCUUAACAUGUUGAUAGUUAUAUCGUGCGGUCAGGACCCUGGAAAUCCCCCUGAUGAUUCAUGCGUAAAUUGUAAAGAUGUAUUCUUUGAUAAUGGGGAAUGGAAUGGUAUUUGCACUGAGGAGGUGUCCUGUGCAGAUUUCCCGGAAGAUGGAGAAUAUAUUGCUGCAAAACAAAAAGAGGAUUUGGAAAUAUCAUACUACGCUGGGGAUGUAUCAUUCCUUCCUGGAACACGCACAUAUGCAUACGUUGCAAUAGAGGCAUCAAAAGUCAACUCCAUUGUAGCUGAAGCCAUAGGGAAGGGGAUUCCUCAGAAAACAGACAAUUGUCAAUUGUGUGAUGUCAGCUUUCGUGAAGAUGACUGGUUGAUUACAAACUGUCGUGUUUUGCCGUGUCCCGUAGUACUGGCUGAUCACAUUGAAUUUGGACCAGACGCCAUUGAAGAAAACAAGAUACGUAGUAGAUUAUGUAAAAAUCGCAAGAAUGGUGAAAUAAAUCAUUUUACAUGUAAAUAUAAACCGGAAGUUGAAGGUUUGGUUAGUGAUGUGAUCGCAGAUAGUUAGACAAUUGAGAAUAUGUACAUACAUUUGUAUUAGCCUUGACAACUGAACAAACACGCGAGCCACACGAGAUAUAUUUUCUAGUCAAUUCUAUAGCCCUAAUGUCAACCCCGAGUAGUUGUUUCUUAGCAUGCAUGGCCAUAAUGUAAUCACAAUUUGUUUGUGAAUAAAUGAUGUACUCAGCAAUA